CCGGAUUUGCUUUUGUUCUCCCAAUCCUCCUCUUCUGAAAAGGCGUGUUGGAACCAUUACAUUCACUUUUCACGACGUGUAAAUCGAAUAAAAUGACACCCCCAUCUAGAACUCCGCCCCAAGAAAGGGUUGACGAUAACGGAAAGAACCAAAAAGCAUCAUAUUGGGGCCUCCCAAAGAAAGGACAGUUAGCUGUGCUAUGUCUAGCCCGAAUAGCAGACCCUUUAGCGAUUACUUCCAUCCAAUCAUAUAUGUUCUACCAACUCAAAUUUUUCAACCCCUUAGCAUCUAAUGCCACCAUCUCUACGCAGGCCGGCAUUCUGGUUGGUACACGAACUGCAGCUCAAGUCUUCACAGGGAUGAUUUGGGGACGGUUGGCGGAUUCGGAUUUGGGCGGGAGGAAGGUGGUGCUUUUUAUAGGGUUGGUAAGUUGCGGUAUCUCUUAUAUCGGAUACGGUCUAGCGAGGAGUUUUGCUAUGGCAAUCUUCUGGCAGGUGUUCGCGGGAUUGAUGAGCAAUAAUGUUGCAAUUACGAGAUGCGUAGUUGCUGAACUGAACCCCGAGAAACGAUAUCGAACGAGAGCUCUACUACUCCUUCCUCUCUGCGCCAGUGCUGCACAGCUACUUGGCCCAUUGAUUGGUGGACUCUUGAGCUUGAAUACUCGCGAUGCUUCUCAAUCUAAAGUUCCGUAUCUUGCGCCCAACCUUCUGCUUGCUCUGAUCUACUUCCUGGCUGCCCUUGCCGUAAUCCUGUUCAUGGAAGAAACGCUCGAGAGCCUACAGGGAACCCAAAGCCAUUGGUUGGAACGCAUAUCCCAAAGACUAAAGGCCCGAUUCUCGAAGAAAUCAUACUCUGUGCAAACUGCCGACACUUCCUCCAACUCUAACUACACGGCCUCAGAAACCACCCCUCUUGUCACUGCUUCCACACCUACAAAACCAAAGCGCAAACGCAAGCUUCCCUUCCGCCGAAUCUGGACUUUCAAUGUCGUGUGCACCAUGGUCUCGCAUUUCAUCAUUGCAGGCCACCUAGGCACAUUUUCAAACCUCUGGGCCAUCUUCCUGACCGCUCCAACUGGGCCCUCCAACCCCUCCCAGCGCUCCCCUCCCUUCAAAUUUACCGGCGGUCUAGGCAUGCUUCCCCGAGACGUGGGCUUCGCGCUCUCAUUACUCGGCGCCAUAUCCAUGAUCUUGCAAAUGGGUCUGUAUCCGAUGUUGCAAGACCGCUUCGGCACGAUCAAGAUCUGGCGAACUGCGCUCUUUAUCUUCCCAUUCGUAUACCUCCUCGCACCGUACCCCUCACUUGUAGCCUCCGCUCCUGAAAUCUCCCACAAAACGGCUUACAUCUGGGUCUCUAUGACAGCGGUUCUGCUGCUUUUCACUCUUGGUCGCACAGGCGUCACACCCGCCACUACUCUCCUUAUUAACGACUGUACACCGCAUCCCUCUGUCCGCGGGACUAUUCAUGCGGCAGCAACGGUGUUGGGACAUCUGAGUCGUAGCAUUUUCCCUGUUAUGGCGUUAGCCGUGUUUGGACAGGGACUUCAGAUUGGAGUUGUAGGGUUGGGGUUCUGGUGUCUUGCAGUAUUGGCUGUAGCGAGUUGUGUGGCGAGUGCUUGGGUGAGGGAGGGGAGUAAUGGGGACGAAAUUGUGCUUGAGGAGAGUGGUGAUGAUGAGGAAGAGGAUGUGGGGGAGGCAAGUGGGAGGAAUGGAAGUGGGCGCGGGGAUUUGAGAAGGGGGUGAGGAUAGAUGGAUUGGAAGCGACGAAGAGAAUGGCUCAUACCCCACCAACUAUAAAAUUGUCUGGAUGCAGCAUCCUGGGGAAGAACUUUGAGUUCAAGGCAUCUCUAGUAAAAACUACAGAAAACAUAGCGUGUUCCCGUAAACCAAUUCCAGACC